UGGAGACUCCUUUGAUCGCUACAAGGAAUACAGGUAUUGCGCAGCAAUGAGUGUAAUAGGUUUUGUAUAUUCAGGGCUUCAAGCAUGCCAUCUAUGCUACGAUUUGAUAACUCAGAAACAUGCUGCCAACUUUCACCAUCUCCGUUGUUACUUUGAUUUCGCAAUGGAUCAGAUUCUGGCAUAUCUUAUGAUCUCGGCAUCGUCAUCGGCGGCAACGAGGGUAGAUGACUGGGUAUCCAACUGGGGGAAAGACCAGUUCGCAAAUAUCGCUACUGCAUCUAUUGGGAUGUCCUUUCUGGCUUUUGCUGCCUUUGCUAUCAGCUCUCUCAUAUCUGGCUACAACUUCUGCCACCAAAGCGCCGCUGCUGCCUGAUUGAUCUCAUCCCAUCACCAUCCCUUCCAUACUUUCACUAGUUUUUAAGCGUUUACCUUGUUUAUGCACAUGAAACUACUCCCACUGUAUUUAACUUAUAAAAGAAAAAAAGAAAAAAAAAUUUAAAUAUGCAAUUUAUAUAAGGAACCAUUUCUUUUC